AUGUUCAGAUCGGAGAAAGUGGCUGCGGAUUUGAGAUGGCAUUUCAAUAACAAGAGCACUGAUGGGAAAUUGCGCCAUCCAGUAGACUCAGUAACAUGGCAGUCAAUGAAUAACAAGUAUCCUUCUUUCGCAACUGAGCAGAGGAACAUGCGACUUGGUCUCUCUACUGAUGGGUUUAACCCCUUCAACAUGAAGAACAGUCGAUACAAUAGUUGGCUUGUGUUUCUCGUAAAUUAUAGCAUGGCUCCUGACUUAUGUAUGAAGGAGGAAAACAUCAUGCUUAGUUUGUUGAUUCCUGGACCGCACAAACCUGGUAAUAGUAUAGAUGUUGACUUAGAACCUCUUAUAGAAGAUUUAAAUCAUUUGUGGUCUAAAGGCGAGAUAACUUACGAUGCAUUUAGUAAAACAACUUUUAUGUUGAGGGCGAUGCUGAUUUGGACCAUAAGUGAUUUACGAGCUUAUGGAAAUCGGGGAAGGAUACUCACGGGUAGAAAUAUUUCCUUACUACUGAGAAACUACAAGAAUGAUUUUGGUAAUAGAAAAGAGACUCGGAAAAAGAGAUCUAGAGCUGCUUGUGAAAUACCAUCUGAUAACGAAGAUGAAUACAGUGAAUCUGAUGAUGAAGAAGAAGACUUAGCAGAAAAAGAUGAAGAGGAGUUGUCUAGAUUGAAGAAAAGAUUAAUAUUCUUCACAUUGCCUUAUUGGGAGGAGCUCCCGGUAAGACAUAAAUUAGACGAGAUCCAUGUGGAGAAAAAUGUGGCUGCAAGAUUGACUGCCACAUUGUUACAUUGUGGCAAUUCAAAGGAUGGAUUAAAAGCUAGGAAGGAUCUUGAAACUCUUGGUAUCAGGAAAAAUUUGCAUCCAAAAGCUCACGGUCCGGAUGGCUAUUUCUCUAACAUAUCUACAUGUGUAUCAUUGGAUGAGUGUAAAGUGAUGGGACUCAAAUCUCAUGAUUACCACGUCUUGGUGCAACAACUACUACUAGUUGAUGUUAGAGGUUUACUACCUAAGGGUCCUAGAAUAGCCAUUUUCCGUCUAUGCGCAUUCUUCAACACAUUGUGCCAAAGAGUGAUUGAUAUGGAACAACUCCAAAUAAUGGAAACAGAAAUUGUGGAGACUCUAUGCAUGUUUGAAAGAUUUUGGCCACCUAGUUUCUUUGACAUCAUGCUGCACUUGUGUGUGCAUCUAGGAAGAGAAGCCCGACUAGGUGGUCCUGUCCAUUUCCGAUGGAUGUAUCCAUCUGAGAGGUACAUAAAAGUAUUGAAAGACUAUGUUAGAAACCCAACAAGACCAGAGGUGUGUAUAGCUGAGUCAUAUCUUGCAGAAGAAUGCAUGAAUUUCUGCUCUGAUUACUUGAAGGCUACAACAAAUGUAGAAGAAAAAGAGGAGAGGAACACUGAGUAUGAGAACCACUCCAUCCUAGAAGGUGUACCUAUAUCAGCUGGAACCUCAUUCACUCUAACUGAUAUGGAUAGAAAAAUAGCUCACCUUGCUAUAAUCCAGAACACGACAAUGGUGGAACCUUACAUUGAUGCUCAUUUACAACAUCUACAAGACUCAAAUGGUAGAUGCAGACGUGAUGCAAGUUAUUUAUGGACUAUGCACACUCAACAUUUCCCGACGUGGCUAAAGCAACAGAUACCUAUUGAUUAUGAAGAUAAGGACAAGACAUUUAAGUUGUUGGCUUAUGGUCCACGUAGUAUAGCCAGAUCUUAUACAGGCUACAUUGUGAAUGGCAUGCGGUUUCAUACAAAGUCAGUGCAUAGGCUAAAUCAGAAUAGUGGGGUUUACUAUGAGGCAACAACAAUGUGUAGAUCUAGUGCAGGGCACACAGCACAAGUGGUAGAUGUUGUAUCAUACUAUGGCAGAAUAGUUGAUAUUAUCUUGUUAGACUACAAUGUCUUCUACGUCCCAAUAUUCCGGUGUCAGUGGGCUGUUAAAGGUAACAGUGUUAAGGUAGAAGAUGGCUUUACGCUGGUUAAUAUGAAUCAGAGCCAGGUGUCAUUUGCAAAUGACCCAUUCAUUUUAGUCUCUCAAGCGAGACAAAUAUUUUAUUCCAGGGAGAAUGAUGAAUCUUGUUGGUAUGUAGUUUUGAAAGGUCCAUCUAGAAGAUACAAUGAUGAGAAUGUGGAAGAUGAGUAUGCAGAUGUUGGACCAUUACCUUCGGAUAUUGAUAUGACUCUAGAAGGCGUAUCAGAUGAGGCUCAAAAUGUCAGAGAUGAUUGUGAAUGA